UGAAAAUUAUCUUGCAGAAUCAGACGCUCAAAAAACAAAAAUGGUAUCAUCCAAUAGAAUGUUAAGAGGAAUCUCAACUGGUUACGAAUCCACUUGCUAUAAGCCAAUUGUAGUAGCCUUCUUGAUAGGACAUUCAAUAUGGUGUUACGGCUUCUCAUGUCAUGGAAACUGGUCUGAAGUCUACACUCCUCAAGAGUCUGAUUUUCCUGCAGCAUUACUAUGGAACCGGGAUAAAUCAGUUAUAACGUCUGGACAUGAAGCUUUACAUCAAUUUAAAACAAAAGAUCUUAAAGAUUGGUACUUCUUUCUACAAAUUGCGAAUGUUUUUUACUUAGAAAAGGCAAUAACUCAAAACACUAUGCUAAAGGGUUAUACUGGUAAAGAUAUAAAGGCAAUUGAGGUUUUAGAGCAGUCAAUUAGGUCCCAAGUGGAAGAUUUUUUGCACCUGAUACACAAGCAAAUACAAUGCAGAAAAGAAUCUGACGUGAAAUAUGUAUUCACGGUACCCACACAUUCUGACGACUCUAUACAACAAUUGAUCAUUGAGGCAGCUCUUAGGAAUGGCAUUCCUAGAUCCUCUAUAUCGAUGGUUUUGGAAUCCGAGGCAGCUUUCUUUUAUCACCAAUAUUGCUUUCCAAGAAAAUGGGAGCAAAAGAAAGAUUCUGUUGGGCAGAAGUAUCUUGUUGCUAAUUUAGGAGAUAAACUUUCAACUCUUUCAGUCCAUUAUAUUUCUGGGGACAGAUCGGCGAACCAAUUGUUAAGAAUUAGCACUGGACCAUGGGGAUUGGAAUCUGUAUGUAAUGAAUUUGAAACUUGUCUGGCAGAUAUUAUUGGCAAUGAACAAAUGCAAAGGUUCAAAUCUGAAUAUUGUUUCGAAUUCAUCGCUCUUGUAGAAAGGUUUAAACAAAAGUUCCGAUCUUUAAAAAGCAGUGAUUCUCGGGAUGUUAUAACUCUUAUUCCUCUUUCAAUGGCAAAUUGUGUUUUAGAAAAUACAUCAACAAGUCUUGGAGAGACUGUCAGUAGGUCAAAAUAUUCAGAAGAUGUAACAUUAACAAAUGACAAAUUACGCUGGAAAAGAGACAGGAUUUUUCAAUUCGCUGAUAAAGUCAUUGGACAAAUAAUAGAUCAAACAGAAACACUGCUUGCGUCCGAAAUGUCAGAUGUGACAGCUAUUCUUUUGACUGGACAUUUAUCAGAAUGUGGUUUCGUCCAGAUGGCUAUGAGAAAAUAUUUUGCAAAUCAUCAUGUACUGGCAUUGAAUACACAAGUGGCAGCAGUAAAAGGUGCAGUAUAUAUUGGGCAUUUAGUCAAUAGCGAAAAUUGAUUCUAGCCAAUUGGAUAAACUCACAUUAAAUUUUUGAGAUAUCGUGAGAUAUGCACAAACAGUUAGAAUUAUGCAAGAAAUCUUUGUUGAUAUGCGUUCCAUCGUUGAAUCUACCAUCUAACGUUUCAUAUAAUCUCAUACAUGUACAUACAGGUAUUUUUGGAUGAGUACAUGUAGUUUCAAAUUUGAAGUGAUCGCUUUUUAUCAUAAUUGCAAAACAAAUUACCAUGUGUACUCAUAACCAACAUUUACAUUGCUUAGCCUGCAUGGAACAAACUGUCUUGAAUUUUAUUAUUUGAUGAAUUCUUUAAGAUAAGGAUAUUUCUAAUUUUGACUUCUUAUUAAAGACUUUAUUAUAUUGAUAUAAAAUAACUGAAAAAAAUAUUUUGAAUUUUGAAUUAAAGAGAAAAUAUGGAUUUAAGCGAUUUUCCCCCACAAAUCUGUUGAUAGAUUAAAUGCUUAAUAAAGUAAACACGUUUUUUUGGUUGCUUUGGUUGAAAAUCAAUUUUUAUUAACACACGCUGAAAUUUAAGUCCCUACUCAUUAAUUCAAAUACGCUGAAAAAAAAUCUGCUGUUAUGAUAAUAGGACUCGAUUGUCGUUGCCAUUUAGAACCCUGUACAGAAUUAUAGGAAAAUGGUCAGUUUUGAAAGCUAAAAUCCAGCAUUAGGAUUUUUUAUUGCUAAAUGCUUGUUUAUGGCAAAAAUAACAUAUUAAAGUUUAAGUCCAAUCUGAUGGUUAAUUUGCUGACCCCAGCCUUUUAAAUGAAUGUAUAAAUUUACAGUAAAUUUGAAUUACAAAAACAAAUUUUUUCAAUGCAUAUUGUAUCAUAAUUUUUUAAUUAAAAUGGUUCCUUUUAGUUAUGUGUGAGUUAUUUGAUGUCUGAUAUGAUAUUUCAAUAGGUAAUAUUCAAAAAGAAGG